AUGAGUUUGACAGGAUCUUUGGUGCUCAGCGGCAUCGGCGGUCUGAUAUAUAAAUACGGCGGACAACAGUCGGUUAAGGAUGAUGAUCUACCUGUGGGGGCACGAGGACUGACUGUGGGGUUCGUCGAAGUAAAGAUCCGCGUCGUGAAGGAGCGGUGUGGCAGAAUGUCGACCAACUUCUGGCACACCUUGAUUCACAACGGCGGCUACAAAUACCCAUUUCGAGGUGUUUCCGAGAUGUUUCGAUCGCGGGUUUACGUGUACCACUGGGGACGAGCGUUCGCGCUGUAUCUGGUGCUGUACCUCACAAUCGCCUUUGUUUACUUCGUCACGAUUCUGCCUGUGUAUCUGGCCCUCCUGGCGUUCUGUGGUCCCAUUGGAUUUGCCAUUGCUUACCUACAUUUCCUCUUGCACUCUAACAUGCUUACAAUGAUGGUGAUGCGUUUCACUCAGCUGAACAAUUCCCUGUUUGACUUGACGUUGACGCACAACGGGAAAGAAGUCUUUGUCAAAACCGCCAUCGAGAGCCCCACGUUGCCUAUCAGAUAUUACAUCCCCAUGAACACGUACUACUACUGGUUCAACCAUCUGCCCUGGAGAUUCACCGUUCACAUGAUUCAAUUUACCGUGCUAUUGACCCUAAUGGUGAUUUCCCUCAUUCCAAUCUUGGGACCCAUUUUCUUCAAUGCGCUAAUCUCACCCUACAUUGCUAGAAUGUAUUUCUCCAGAUUCUUGCGCCUCAAGAAGUUGGAUAACAGACGCAGAGACGAUGAGUUCUAUUUCAACUUUGGUCUGUACGUUUCCUUCGGAUUCAUGGCAGGUCAAUUGGAAAUUCUACCCUUCGUGUCUGGAUUAAUUUACUGUUCCAACAGCGUUGGUGGCGGAUUGUGUGCUAUUACUGCGCUGGACGCAGAGCAUGCGGCUGCUCCAGAUGCGACUGCCGCUGCCGGUGCCGCUGUCAGAGGCGCUGAAUCUGGCGAGCCAACAGUUGCAUGA